CCGGCCGGGGGGGCACCAUGUCCUCCCCCAGCCCGGGCAAGAGGCGGAUGGACACCGACGUGGUCAAGCUUAUCGAGAGCAAGCAUGAAGUCACAAUCCUAGGAGGACUCAAUGAAUUUGUAGUGAAGUUCUAUGGACCACAAGGAACGCCAUAUGAAGGUGGAGUGUGGAAAGUUAGAGUGGACCUUCCCGACAAAUACCCCUUCAAAUCACCAUCUAUAGGAUUCAUGAAUAAAAUUUUCCAUCCCAACAUUGACGAAGCGUCAGGAACUGUAUGUCUAGAUGUAAUUAACCAGACUUGGACGGCCCUCUAUGAUCUCACCAAUAUAUUUGAGUCGUUCCUGCCCCAGUUGCUGGCUUAUCCCAACCCCAUAGACCCCCUUAAUGGUGACGCGGCAGCCAUGUACCUUCACCGACCAGAAGAAUACAAACAGAAAAUUAAAGAAUACAUUCAGAAAUAUGCAACAGAGGAAGCACUCAAAGAGCAGGAAGAAGGCACCGGGGACAGCUCUUCGGAGAGCUCCAUGUCUGACUUUUCAGAAGACGAGGCCCAGGAUAUGGAAUUGUAGUAAACGAGGCACCCUGCUUUUCAGAGAGACUAUGACUUCCUUAACCACGCACUGAGAAGCAGACAAUAAUAUUCAUAUUUAAACAAAGCAAUUUUUUAUUACUAAACAAGGUUUUUAUGAAUAAUAGCAUUGAGAUAUAUAUACAUAUAUAUAUAUCACCCUUUAGAUCUUGAUUUCUUGGUCAUUUCUCAGAGCCCGAAAGUGCAUCAGUAGCGCAUCUCCCACAUUCCACUUCAG